UCUGCCUUAAGUAUGAAACGGAGCACUGCUUACUCUUGCUAUAGCCUAUACAGAGGUAUGUCCAAUCUUCCCCCUUCUACUCUUGUUGCUCUCUUCACCCGCAACUCAUCCUCGUUUCACUCGCGACCCUCAGAACCAACCCAAACUAGAAACAAUACCCAACUAGAGCAGCGUCUGAGAGUUUCACGUUCAAAACCCAAAGAAGUUGAGGAAGCCAUGAAGCUGUUCGAUGAAAUGCUUCAAACGCGUCCUCUGCCUUCCAUCAUUCGUUUCACUCAGGUAUUGGGUCAACUCGCAAAAUUGAAGCAAUAUUCGGAAGUGAUAUCUUUGUAUAGACAAUUGAAUCUAUUGGGUGUGGCUCUUGAUGAUUAUAGUCUUAGUUUCAUCAUCAACUGUUAUUGUCGUUUGAACCAAAUGGAAUUCAGUUUGUCUGUCCUCGGAAGAUUCUUCAAAUCUGGAAUGGAACCAAAUGUCUGGACCUUCACCACUUUGAUCAACGGGUUUCUUCUCGUAAAUAGAGUUCCCGAGGCAACAGAAAUUUUCGGAAAAAUGGUGGACAGCGGUUGUAAACCCAAUGUGGUUACUUUCGGUACACUGAUAAAGGGGUUGUGCAUCAACGGCAACAAUAAUGGAGCUAUUCAACGGCUCAGGAAGAUGGAACUAUCUCCUGAUUGCAAGCCUAACGUGGUUGUUUAUAACACGAUUAUUGACAGUCUUUGCAAGGAGACACUAAUCGCCGAUGCAUUCAACCUCUUCUCAGAGAUGAGCAUAAAAGAUAUUCCCCCAGAUGUAAUUACCUUUAACUCAUUGAUUGAUGGAGUUUGCAGAUUAGGCCAGUGGGAACAAGCUACGAGGUUGUUGAAUGAAAUGGCGAGUCAAAAUAUCUGUCCAGAUGUUUGGACGUUCAGUAUCUUGGUAGAUGGACUGUGUAAAGUGGGGAAGGUUCGGGAAGCUGAAUCUGUGUUUGAAGUGAUGAUCAAAAGAGAUACUGUACCUGAUGUAGUUACAUACAGUUCGCUUAUGGAUGGUUACUGCUUGAGAGGAGAGAUGGACGAGGCAAGAAAAGUCUUCAAUCUAAUGGUUAGCAAGGGUCUUAUGGUCAAUGUUCUUAGUUAUAACGUACUCAUUAAUGGAUAUUGCAAGCAUAAAAAGAUUGAUGAGGCUGUGAUCCUAUUUGAGGAAAUGUCUCGUAAGGGAGUGGUUCCUAAUACCAUCGCUUACACCACACUUAUGGAUGGUUUUUGCAAAUUGGGGAGAAUACAAGAUGCCAAAGAGUUGUUCUCUAGGAUGCAAGAAUGCGGCCAAAUUCCGGAUGUUCAAACAUGUGCUGUUUUGCUGGAUGGCCUUUGUAAAAACAAACAACUUGGUAUGUCAAUAGAGUUUCUGCGAGAGAUGGAAGGCUUGAAGUUGCAACCAAAUAUUGUUAUAUGCACUAUCCUAAUGGAUUAUUUUGUCAAAGCUGGAAAUGUUGAAGCUGCAAGGGAUCUAUUUUUCUCUCUAUCACUAAAGGGACUUCAUUGCAAUGUUAAGACAUAUACUAUAAUGAUCGGAGGAUAUUGUAAGGCAGGCCAAAUGAAAGAGGCACAAAAGUUACUUGCAGAAAUGGAAGAGGAAGGCUGCUUUCCAGAUGGUGGUACCUACAGUAUAUUUAUUCGAGGGUUUAUCAAUAACAAUGAAUUAUCAAAGGCGAUGGAUCUUAUUCAUCAAUUGGUGCCGCGAGGUUUCUCUGCAGAUGCAUCAACAAUGGAAAUGAUAAUCCAUUUAUUGUCUAGGGAGAAAGUGGAUCCAGCCUUGUUGCCAUUGAUAAAAAGAUCAGCAUGA